AUGGCGACUGGUCCUAAAUUCAAUAUUGGUAAAGGUUACAUUAAAUCCAAGUUUGCCGUUGUUGAUCUUAACAUCGUCGAAUUGAACUACGUUUCCAAAGGUGCUAUUGCUUACAAUGGACCAGUACCUCAAUCGAAUUCACAUGCUCAAUGUCAAGUAUGUAAGUUGGCACCAGUAGAUCCAGGAACUAAACCAACGCAAGUUCUCACCACCGUCACUCAUACUUCCAACGGUAUUGUUUCGGAACAAACAAGAGUUCUCAACAUUCAGAUUGAUGAUGACGGUAUGUUUGAGUACGAGACGCUUGCUUAUACCCCUGCUGAAUCGAGUGCCACUUCUACAUCAGUGACCACUUUAUCAAGCUCUGUUCCUGCAAGAUGGGCCAACACAACGUCAUCUCAAUCUUCUACAUUGUUUUCCUCGUCUUAUAACACAAUUGAGUCGGUUGCUGAAACAGAAACUCUAUCCAGUUAUUACUCAGUUGAAACUGAAGCUAAUUCAAGUUCAGAGGCUCAAGCUUUGACUACAGAUUAUGCUAGCUCAUCAAUCAUGUCAGUCGACAGUUCCUCAAAAAAUUUAGCUGGCAGCUUGUCGCAAUUCUCCUCACAAAUCUCAUCAAUCAUUUUUGAAGCUUCUACAGUUAACAAUUCUGAUAUUUCUGGUGCAUACACUGAACAGCCGAUCAUUACUACCGACUACCCAUCAUCAGGAGCUCGUUUUGUUUCAAUGGAUCCCAACUCCUUCACUUCAAUUGCUUCAUCUUCAACUUCUGAUUUGUUGAAUCUGAUGGCUUCAUCAGGUGGUGAACAAGAAAGCUCCAUGGCAUCAUCUACAAUUGGUUCAAUACAGUCAAUAAAUUUGGAAGAAUCUUUGUCUUACAGCAUCUCAGUCACUGGUGUCAAUUCUGCUACUACAUCUAACGCCACUUUUGUCGAGUCAUUUGCUGAAACGAGUGCUUUAUCUUCUGCUAACAUCAGCUCAGUAUCUUCUGCCAUAGAUAUUGGCAGUUAUGAACAAUCUACAUCAUCAUUGAUUGCAAAUUUCCGUUAUAUGAGCUCUUCUGACAUGCUUACUCAACCAGCUGCGACUUUAAUGGAGACUGAAUCGUACCACAUUGUUUGA